AUGUCUCAAAACGCGAACCGAAACUCGAUUUCCAUAAAUUCGGCGAAUUCUCAGACAUCUCUGCAGUCGUCCAACAAUUCGCGUGUUUUUGAUUUCGAAGGAUUGGAAGAGUCAUUAGUGGACGACAGGAACGACAGCGACGACGACGACGACGUCGACGACGACUUCCAGACGCUUCCCAACGAACAGCACUUCCACCGCAUUCGCAACGCUCUGAUCCGCGACUCGCAGAACCGCUCCGACGAAGACUUGGAUCUGAUUCACGACUUCUUGGCGCUCAUCGCGAGACAAAAGACGACACAAACGACACUCAACGACAAGGACUACGCGACGCGUCGUCUUCUCGCCAAACACAUGGUGUUGGCGGAGAUCGAGUCACGUGACACUCGAGUGCUCACUCACGGCGAGCGACUCGACGCCUACUGUGUGGUCGCGUGCGGUUCGUUGCGACACGUGAUGCACACGUCGUCUCACACGACGCCAGAGGACGACGACUCGUGCGUGGAUUGCGUGGACGGCGAGUGCGUGUCGUCGCGGGUGUCGUCGUGUGUCGUCUCCGAGGCGUCCAAAACGCGAUUCCUGACAAUAGGCGACGAAUUCGGCGCCAGUCUUGACGACAGAGUGGUCUUCGGCGAGAUCUUCACGAACGAAGACUUCGUUUGGGUUUUAUGUGUUCCGCACGUGAUUUUCGACGACAUUUGCGGACAAAAGACUUUUCGAACGCUUUUCGACGAAAACAACGAAAAGAUUCUCGAAAUUCGAAACCAAACCAACAAUGAAUUGAUUCGCGCGACAAAAGAGCGUCUUCUGGAGCUGUUGUUCGCGUCGGACGACAACUCGUCGUCGUGCGAGACGACACUCGACGACAGCACGAGUUUUAUCGCAGAUUUUUUGCUCACUUUUCGCCUCUUUUUGGGCCCGAAAGAGGAAAGCGUUCGCCAAUUGUUGGAACGCGUGAUCGACAAUCUGGAGAACGAGAGGAAUGUGGAGAAGAACGUGAAGAUCUCGUUGUUCUGGAUUUCCAACCAUUUCCACGACUUCCGCGACAAAGCAUUGUUGCGCGCGCUCUCCGCCGCCAUUCGCGACAAACUCCACAAAAAGCUCUUCUAUUUCACGCUUUCGUCGAAAUCGCGCGAACGUCACGUGACGCUCACCCGCAGCGAACGCGCGGCGCCGCUGCCCUUCUCGCUGAUUGGCGGCUACGAGUGCUCGUCACGCCUUUUCGUCGAUGACGUCAUCGAAGAGGAAUGCGAUCUGCAGAGAGGCGAUCGCGUGAUCACAAUCAACGGCGUGGACUGUCACGUGAUGGAAGUGUCGCGCGCGCUCCAACUCUGCCGCUCCUCCACUCACGUGUCGCUUUUGGUGCGCUUCGAUCCCAAUCUCUUCCACGCGCUCCUCGACGGUCAAAACUCGCGACAAAACGACACGAAACGACACUUGAGUCAAAACGACGCGAAGACUUUGACGACAACUCACGCGUCGUUCGCUUCUCUCAAACCCAUACAACAGCUGUCGUCGCAGUCGUUGUCGUCGUCUGUCGUCGCGGCCAACAAUGCGAACAACAAUUGGAAGCAAAAAGUGCGACAAAUCGUACAAAACGUCACAACAAAUAACAAACACAACGCGACGACACCGACGACCACAACGACGACAGAGACGUCGCCGGAGACGACGCCUGAGAUCCUGAAGAUCUAUUACGAGUCGGACUUUCGGUAUUUGCCGAUUCACGUGACGACGACUGCGCGCGAAUGCAUUCAAUUGGCGUUAAUUGAGUUUCAGUUGAACUCGAGUUUCAGUUCUCGAGACUUCGCGUUAUAUGAAUACAAACUGAUAGACAACGACAGGACGACAGCGAAGACGACGCCCACGACGACAGCGACGUCUGCCGUGAAGCGCCUUUCGGACAAUUCGCAGAAUUUGGUGCAAAACCUGAGUCUGGAUUCGCGAAUCUACCUGAAGUGCGUGACCGCGCCCUCCGCCGCCAACAACGAGGCGGACGUGACGCGCGAGAUCAGCCGCGAGUCGCACGACAACUCUCUGCUGUCGUUGGACGGCGACGCGAUUGCGCGCGAACUCAUGGACAGAGACUUCGCGCUCUUUUGUCGCAUCGAAAGCCAACAAUUCAUUUACGACUUGACGACAAACGACGACAAGAGCGACGACCGACGCCUCGAACUGAAGGCAUUCGAAGAGCGCACGAAUCGCGAGAUGUUUUGGACAAUCAAUCAAAUCCUGUUCGCCGCGAACUCGACGCAAAAGCGCGUGAAGAGCGUGAAGCAGUUGAUCCGCGUCGCGACGGCGUGCAAACAAUGCCAGAACUUCAACUCCUUGUUCGCCAUUUUGUCCGGACUUUCGCACCAAAGCGUCGAACGCCAG